UUGUUAUUGUUUUAUGGUCACAGUGAAUAAUUGAUCUCUUAAAUGGCGUUGAUUUGUUUUUUAAAGCCGAAAGACGGGAAAUCUUUGGAAUGAUAGAAAAGGCAUGGACUCGGAAAAAUCAAAGGUUGUUGGACCGCGCACUGAACCCCUUGCGUGCACAGGGACGUCUGAUGGGAUUGACUGACAGUGAAGAAGAACCCGAAGAACAGUCUUCUGUUAUGAAUGCUGUCAAAGAGGCAGAAGAUUGCAUCGUUCGAGGCCCAAUCAUGAACUACACUAGGUUCAAAGAGCUCGCCGAGUCUACAUACAGUAUCGUUUAUGGUUAUGGAAUUACUCGAGAGAACAAUCCUAUGAGUCUCGAACAGAAAGAAGAGUUGUACUGGCGCUACGUGGUUCAGGGCAACGAGCACAUAUGUGUCGCCACCGCCGCCAUCGAUACUGGCUCCGACCCCUCGCGAGGAAGUAGCCGUACGUUAACCUUGAAGGUAAUUAUUAAUCGAAUGAACCAUUGUUGUGUAUUCAAUGUACCUAUUAUAGUCUGCGUGUAGUAGCAAUGUGGGAUAAAAGAAGCCUCGUAAACUUACCCUUGAAUCACUUGUUGUUUGCGGUAGUU